CGGAUUUGAAUCAAUCAAGGCCGCCAGAGGAAAUAUGGCGUUUUCGUCAUAAACCGUGACCAAAAGUCACGUGCUUUUCAUUCCCAAGGUUGCAAAUAAACAAGUUUGCUUUAUGACCCCACGUACCAAACCCUGAAAUAUCAGCAUUCUCUCCGCGGAUGUGCAACAGCCACAAGUCCCUGAAAUUCCACAGCAACAGCAACUGCAGCAGAGAAUUCUGAGCUUGUAACGAGUGCUCAGACCGCAAAAGAUGGCAAACAGUGAAGAACACAAUUUCCAAGUUAGGAAGCUAGAACUCUCAGACAAAGGCAAGGGAUUCAUAGAACUACUGCAACAGCUGACCGUUUGUGAUUCUGUAUCCGACAAGGACUUUGAAGAUCGAUUUAAGGAGCUUAGUGCCCGAGCAGAGGACCAUCAGGUCUUUGUAAUAGAAGAUGAUCGCUCCGGGAAGAUUGUGGCAACUGGGAGUGUGUUCAUUGAAAGGAAGUUUAUAAGAAACUGUGGCAAAGUCGGGCACAUUGAAGACGUUGUGGUUGAUGCCAAUGCGCGUGGGAUGCAGUUAGGAAAGAAGAUGAUUGACGCCCUUACGGAUUAUGCUCACUCGUUGGGGUGUUAUAAGGUGAUUCUCGAUUGCAGUGUUGAGAACAAGGCGUUCUAUGAGAAAUGUGGGUACAAGCAGAAGGAGAUUCAGAUGGUGAAGUACUUCAUCUGAGAAGCAUUCUUAAUUUCUUGUAAGUUGGCAUGCUACUUCCUGUGCUGUAUUACUGUCAUUGUUCCUGUCAUAAUUUAAUCUUUGCCAUGACAAUAUCGAAA